AUUGCACUCACCACCGCCGCCAUGGACGAUGCCCCGCUCGCGUCGCUGUCGUUGACGCAUGUACACUAUAACCCCGCGGACCGCGUCUCGUACCUCUGUGCAUGGCUCGCGCUCGUGCCCCAAGGGCUAUGUGUCAUCUAUGCCACCCUGAUAUGGAGCAACCGCGAGAUUGAGAUCAUGUUGAUGUUUGUGGGGCAGAUGGGCUGCGAGGCGCUCAAUUGGUGUCUCAAACGCUUGAUUAAGGAGGAGCGACCGCGGGAAAUGCAUGGAAAAGGCUACGGCAUGCCUUCUUCGCACGCUCAAUUCGUCACCUUCUUCUCCGUCACCCUGGCCCUCUUCCUCCUCUUCCGCCACGUUCCCCAUCCGACCGAGACGCACACGCCUUUCAGCUUCUUCCAACGCUUCGUACUUUCGGUGCUCGCCCUGCUUUCAGCGGCGGCUGUUGCUGCCAGUCGGAUAUACCUGAACUACCACACCUCGAAACAGGUGCUGGUCGGCUGUCUUGCUGGUGCCGUCUGCGCUGUAGUGUGGUUUGGCUUCACGACGUAUCUGCGAAGAGCUGGCUGGGUUGAGUGGGUAUUGGAGACCGAAUUGGCGCGUCUAUUCAGGGUACGAGAUUUGGUAAUCCAGGAGGAUCUGGUCGACUCAGGGUGGGCACGAUGGGUCGAACGGAGACAGAAAAGGCAACCGUCAUUCCAGGUUCAGACUAAGAAGGCCAGGUGACCGGCUAUCGAUGCCCUGCACUAUGCACCAGGUUGGCUCGGAAGAGGCUGCAUGCACAUAUACGCACAGCACAUGCACGACUUCCGCUCUUACUCACCAUGCCAAAUACCACAAUAAAACAUUCGAAUACCCAACACUCGUCACGUAAACCAAUGUUUGUCAACUAAAGCACUGCUACUAAACUACGUCUAGGUACUGCGCACGGAUCGGGCGAUCCGGAAACAGAAACGCUACAGCAUAUGCCGCAAACGACGUACAGGGUGGAAUUGCCGUCACAAGCCCGCCUUGGAUUGCCGAUUGCUGAACCAAUGCCACGACGCACAAACACAGCCCUGCAAAUACCAGCGACAUCAACAUGUAUCUACAGUUGUCAUUCCAAGUUACACGGG